AUGCCAAAGACACGCGUGGAAACUGCUAAAUCACGUCCAUCAACAGCACUGCCAACGACAAGCAGAGCGUCGUCCUCGCGCGCCAGCAAGCGUCGUGGUUGGUCGCCAUCUGCGAGGGUUCAAAUUUUGGAAGAGAAGUCGGUAUCGCUGCUGGUACGUCUUCUGGAUCAUCCAACACGCUUUGACCACCCGUGUCCAGUCAAUCACGAAACGGGACGCGUCAUUAUCACUCAGACUGCCGACUGCCAAACAUAUGUCAAGUCGAUAUUGCACCUCAGUUUGCAUUCGCCCGCAACAAUCCUAGCACCAGAUACUUUCUUCGAAAGGGGAAUCCAAAGCAAUUCGAAGCGCGUGAUCAUUGAACACAUUAGAGAAGAAUUCCCAGAUGUAACCGUCCAACCGUUUGCGCGCAGAUAUUUCAAUGAAGAAGAUGGCGAGGCUUUUGUCACUCAGCUCGCCCUAGACAAUUCUGAACGAGCUGGCCUGCUCCUCACCCUCCACGACAAGUAUUAUGCGAAACAGGCGACUGCUGCCGUGUUCAAGUACAUCGAGGGCUCCAUGGGUACAGUCUACUCUAGUCACUCUUUGCACAUCAAAUACGCGCCGAUUGAAGGGUCAAUGAUGAUUGACACCGAGACGACACGAAAUCUCGAAAUAGUUGCUAGUAUCUCUGGUCAAAAGAAUUACACGCUAUUCGGGCUUUUGAACUCUACAUUUACACCUCAAGGGACGCGUCUUUUACGCACGACUCUUCUCUCACCUUUGACCUCGAGCUCUGCAGUAGACGCCCGUCUUGGAGCUGUCUCCACCCUCAUUCAAUCAGAAGAAACAUUUCAAUCCGCUCGCACCGCCCUAAAGGGUGUCCAAGGAAUCGAUCUCGACAAGCUCAUUGUACGACUCGCCUCGGUCAACAAGCCCCGACAUCUGCAUGCUGACGGUGGACUGGGGAUUGAGGCACCAAAAGUCAAAGUCGCAUAUGAGCGACUUGGUCAACUUCUAGACUUGCAGAGAAUAAUCAGAAACCUACCGACUAUCGCCAGUGCCGCUGGAAGUACUCGAAACAAGCUGCUGACCAUUAUCGCCGAGCUUGUAUCCGACCCCCAACUGUCGGAAAUUGAGCGCGCGAUUGAUCUUCACUUGAACGACGCUCCCUUGACUCAAAAAAAGGGUGCAAUAGGCGCGCUCGCAAACGUAAACUCGCGUGUCUGCGCGGUCAAGGCGCCGGAAGACUCACUUCUCGACGUGGCACGGACUUCGUACAAGGAAAAUAUUCAAGAUAUCUUUGAUUACGCACAGGAGGUUCAGCAGAAACAUAAGCUUCCUAUAGAGCUUCAGUAUCACCAAGAGAAUGGAGGGGGAUUCAGCUUUACUUUACCUCGAGCCGAAACCGAAGAUGCUGACUGGUCGUGGCCAGUUGAAUGGGUCGACAGGGUGUCUAGAAAGAAAAAGUGGAUAUUCUCCACCUUGCAAUUGAAGAAGCUCAACGGAAGAAUGAGGGAAACUCUGGAAGAAGUGCUAGCAAUUAGUAUCAACAUUGUCGGCGAACUAUUGCAAAUCGUUUUGGCUCGUAUCUCAGCCCUCUACAAGGCGUCUGAAGCGAUUGCGCUCUUAGACGUCUUAUGGUCAUUCGCCAAACGGUCAAUCCAAGGCAGCUAUGUGCGACCAGAAUUCACUGGAACACUGGCUAUCAAAGCUGGUCGACACCCUGUACUCGAAACCGUCCAAGGGUCAACACCUGUGAUACCAAACGAUGUCUUUGCAAACGAUUCAUCUUCUUUUCAGAUCAUACAGGGACCAAAGUGCGUGUCAACUCUUCUGCUUUGGUUUACACUAAUUGCAAAUACAGCAUGGAAAAGCACUUAUAUUCGACAAGUGGCUCUACUCGCCGUCAUGGCCUGUUGUGGAUGCUUUGUUCCUGCUGAAUACGCUAGCUUCAACCUGACACCCUUUCUCAACAGAUUCUUCGACUCGCUUCUCAGCCGCCUAUCCAACGAAGAUGACCUGGAAAGAAGUCUUAGUACCUUUUCAAACGAAAUGAUUACCGCUUCCAUGAUUCUUGGUUCACGCGGUCUUUCUACGAAAAACUCCCUAGUUCUCAUUGACGAGCUUGGUCGCGGAACAUCUCCGCAAGAAGGCAUUGGUAUCGCGCACGCAAUAGCCGAAGAACUCAUCGCUCGCAAGUGUAUCGUGCUAUUUACAACACACUUUACGGAUCUGCCUUCGACUCUCGCUCGAUAUCCUUCCGUUGUCAAUUUACAUCUCUCGGUACAGAACGCGCGAAUCAACGCCGGUGGAAUGCGAAUGCUCUAUGACUACAAAGUAUGCGAUGGUGCCUCAAAGGAAGGCGUACAUUAUGGACUCGAACUCGCCAAGUUGGCGGAUCUCCCAGGAAAUGUGCUAACAGAGGCGACCAAGGUUGCAAAGUUGUUGAAAGAGCGAGAGUUAGAGCGCAAGAGGUCGAGUGCGAGCGCGCAAGUUGCGAUUCGGCGAAAGGCGCUUCUUACGCUCAAGCAAAUCCUCAAUAUAUCCACCCUUCCGGAUGCAGAUCUCGCGCGCUAUCUCCUACGACUCCAGAAUAAUGUCGGGGAUGAACUUGAGAAGACAUUCUUAGACGGAGAGUAG